CGCACGCGCAUGGGAGAAGCAACGAGAUGCUGAUAAAAUAGCGCAAUGGGGCAAGCGGGCAGCCAGCAGCACGCGCCGCUGCGCGCGCAUCGUGCGCACACGCUGCCCCACGAACCGCUCCGACACGCGCCGAAGGUGCUCCCGUCCUUGACAGAGUCGCCGCGGCUGCGUAGUACGGACAACGGCGCCAUUUUGCACUCCGGCGGCACCAUCAGCGGACGAAGACCGACCUCUGUAGUUCCCGAGACCACCAGGACCUCGCAUGGGCAUGUGCACUCCAACGCAUACCGGUCCCGGUCGGCAGGGGCCACGAGCGACAGCGAACUGCGGGCCCGCGAGAGGGACCCGUUGCAUCGCUCUUACACAAAUCUCGACCUUAGGCAUAACGAAAAUGGCGGUUUGAAUAAGAGAUUCGGUUCCGAGCCUGAUCUGCGAGAGGAGGAACCGAAGCAAAAAUGCAAGAGACAUUUCAGGAAGAAGUACCGAGCACCGCCACCACCUACCAAUGAUCACCGUGAAGGUUCAUCGCCGGAUUCCAGCGAAGGGAAUGCGAGACCGGAACCGCAAAGGAAGCUCCGACUCUUCAGGACCAGGCAUGAGACCAAGAAGCUCAACCAUGAGCCUGAAGUUGCCAGGAACUCCUACACGGCCUACAAGUCCUUGGACGACCAGUCUUUCGAACGACGGUACAGGUCACCCUACAAAGAUAAAGAACAACACUUCAAAUAUCCUGAUACUCAAGACAUGAUCCAGAGUACAGCGUCCUUGAAGAGAGAAGAACAUUUACUACAAAAGCAAGAUUACAGGAAGAGAACAGACAGAGUCAGCGGAUGUAGAGCGAAAACAUCCAAGACAAACGACAGCGAAGCAUGGAAAACACCAUUGCUAAAUAGAAACUUUAGACAUUCAGAACGAUUUAAAAAGGUCGACACAGAACAACCCGUAUUAAGGAGAGAAAAGACUUUUGACACGCUAAUCUCGAGUGAACGAGACAGCGAAUCUCCAAGAAUAACGCACGAAAGCAGGAUGAAAGCUAUAGGCGAACAGCUGAAGGGAUCCAGACUCCAACCGAGUGAGCCUUUGAGAAAAUCUCUUCCUUCACUAUUACCUAAAAAUAGUGAAGAAAAAGAUGAAUUUCAAGCGGAAUUAAAGAAGGCGACAAGUAGAAUAAGAAACGAAUUAGGGGCUAAAAUUAAUGUAAGUGAAAAUAAAACUAGUCAGAACAAAACGACGCAGAAACCAAACCCAACGAAAACACCGAGCAAAGUCAAAGAGUCUAGUCUUAAAACGAAUGUUAGCAAGCCAGAAACUAAAGCAGUUGUUAGUAGAAGACCACUAACCAGGGUUACUGAAAGUAAAAUCAAGUCAACUGUCACUCAGAGUAAAGUCAAUGGUAAAACAAAUGUAAUAACAAAUGGAGAUAAAAUGGGUAAAGAUAAAGGUAGAACGAUACCUGACAGAGGGCAGGCGUCAGGGAAAGAGUCAACCCCUGAACACUCACCUACGAGAAAGAUCUCUCCGAUAAGAAAGAUUUCUCCCGCGAGAAAUAAGACGUCGAAUCAUGUUAUUUCCAAGGAGAAGCAUACCCCAGCUCCCUCAAAACAAUUCUACUUCGGCAUGAUCGAGAGCAAACAGUUCGAGGUCCAAGACCACCUGAAGGACUUCCCCGGCCUCGGCAGCCCCAUCAUCGAGGAGAUCAGCAACUUCCACGCCAUCGAGCAGAAGCUGCUGGGCUACCAUGCGGAGGAUGCGGAGUUUGAGGAGUUCAAUGCCAAGCUGAAGGAGGACUGUAAAGUUAAGAACUUGUCUUCAGAAUCCGCGCUUUCCUCUGACGCGUCAGACUCGGACGGCUCUCUCGGCAUAGCGCUGCGCCUGCGCCCAACGCUGCCUAAGAAACAACGCGCGGUGCCGCGAUUCUCGCCCGCGGCAGCGUGGAGGCAGCUAGCCACGUUGGACGCCCAUCUAGCUUCAGAAACCCAACCACUAGCUGUGGAGACCAAAGUGUCAGCCGACAUAACAGCCGAGUCCUCACCGCGGUCAGACCAGUCCGCCGACAAGUCGGGCGACUCCGGCAUAUCAGGAGACCACGCGCACAGCGAUCAGCGGAUCGAGUCGCCUUCAAGACAAGUCCCCGACACAACACCAGCCUGGACUCCGCAACAGGACCUCGGUGACAGCAGCUCUGACGGCGUCAGCGGAGCGCCCGCGCCGCGGGGCUCCGGUCUGGCUACGUACAGUCCGGGCGCGCAGCCCUUCAGCCUGAGUCUGCCGCGCGAUGACAAGGGCAAGCAGAUCCAACAAGGCUUCAACAGCCUUCAAAAACUCCGGAAAUCUGUCUCAGGGGCUUUAGGAGCCGCUUUGGGAUCCAGAAGGUUCGAUUUGGAACACGAACCGAUGCUACAAGAGCCUGAACAGAACUGGUUUCUGACGAAGUCCGCGCCCAAUUCGUUGAGCAAUCCGCUGCUGUAUCAGCCGCCUGCGAGAGCGAAGGUUGCUGAAGAUGAUAUUAAGGAGGAAAAUUCUACGCCGCCUUCGGAAAAGGAGGAAUCCAUACCCUGGCGGCCUGGCAUAAACUACCUCUCCUGGGGUGGACACGUCAUGUACCUACCCCCCGCACCCUCCGCGCCGUCGCAGCCUCUGUCCAUGCUCGGCCCUAUUGACAGACCUGUCAGGAGUAAAUCCAGCGGCUCGCUCGAGGUGGCAGCGCGAGCGGCGCGCGCGGCGGCGUUAGCGAGCGAGAUGCGCGAGCGGGAGCGCUCGGCAUCGCCAGAACUCGCACGCGCAUUGCCGGCGCGAGUGCAGCCGCAGCCUGAGCGUAACGCCCGCAGUCGCAACAAGCGCUUCACCUUCCAGUCCACAGUUCGGCAGCUGGAAAGGCGACGACUGGCAGAAAAGCUGUCCAAGGAGGCAGACCUGAAGGAGCAACAGAGACGCACCGAGCUGGAGGCCAUGAGGAGAGUCGAGGAGGAGUUCCAGAGGAAGCGUGCGAGGGAGAAAGCGAACAUCAGGCAGCAGCUGCGGCUGGUCAGCAGCGGUGCCGCCAGCAUGCCACUCUCCACACACCAUGGAAAGGCGCGUGAUGAGCCCGACGGCUCAUGCCGGGCAUCGCCGGCGCCGGAACGGCCCCGGGACCGGCAGCGACAUAGCAACGCGUCCUCAGAAAUCAGUGCCAGAAGCAAAAGCACCACACCAGUCCGCUGCGUGGAGCUAUCAGAAUGGCGCACAGAUAGCGCUGCGCGCGUGUACCGCGACUGGGGAGGCUCCGGCGUCGGUCUGCCCGCGCACGCGCACCCGCCCGCCUGCGCGCGCAUGCCCAUCGCCAGACAAGCACAAGAAGUAGAAGCGUUCAGCGGCUCCCCCCGCUCAGACAACUACCGCCUAGAGUUCGCCCGCGGCCGCUCGCCCCGCUCCCCGCGCACCCCCCGACCCCCUCGGCUUGUAUCCACACGCUCGCCUUCCAGCUCUGGAUCAGAACUGUCGCUGAGACAGCCUAUCAAGAUCAGUGACACUAAAGAAGAGGAGGAACCAGCAAUAGUGCCCACACUACGGCCAGGCCCAGCGCGCGCUACCUUCGCAGUCCGCUGAAAUACUUGCUAAAACGGGUUCAUUUGGCUACGCAUUUUGUAGUGACAGUA